AAAGCCUUCGCGCAGUUCCUGACGGAUGAGAUCCAGGAGGAGAAGAAGAUUCAGAAGCACAAAUCCCUGCCCAAGGUGUCUGGGGGGUGGGAGCUGGAGGUGCACGGCACAGAGGCCAAGCUGGUGCGGAAGGUGGCUGGGGAGAGCAUAACAGUCACGUUCAACAUCAAUAACAGCAUUCCACCAGCCAUGGAUGAUGAAGCACAGGAAGAACAGAAGCCUGAUGAGCAGGAGCCUGAUCUUACAUCAACUCCAAACUUCGUCGUGGAAGUAAUAAAAAAUGACACAAACCAGACCCUUGUUCUUGACUGCCACUAUCCCGAAGAUGAGGUUGGACAUGAGGGAGAGGAAGAAAGUGAUAUUUUCACGAUUCGGGAGGUCAGUUUUCAGCCCACUGGGAAAUCGGAUUGGAAGGACACCAACUACACCCUCAAUACGGAUUCCCUGGACUGGGCUCUGUACGAUCACUUAAUGGAUUUCCUCGCUGAUCGAGGAGUGGACAACACAUUUGCGGAUGAGUUAAUAGAGCUCAGCACUGCACUGGAGCACCAGGAGUACAUUAAAUUCCUUGAAGACCUUAAAAGCUUUGUCAAAUGUCAGUAG